CCCUCUUCUCUGGGCUAUAUGUGGCAUUUUGAAGCUCUGACAAUCUGCUCCAAAUGUUUUCCAUAUUUGUUCAGCCUCCUUGAUUCAAAUACCAGGAACAACUCAGCCAGCACAAAGCAAAGCUUUGGGGGGCAAAAAACCUCACACCCCCAUCAGCGUGCGCACACACACACGCACGUGAAAACCUAAAGUUCGUCGGCAUGGGAAAGAAGGAGAAGAAACCCCAACACAGCACGUCCCUGAACGCACCCGAAGGGGAGAGAGGCACUGACUCGAGCAAGACGCAGGAGCCUGAGAUGAAGAAGAAGAAGAAGCAGAAGAAAACCAAGGAGGAUCCCAAAGCUGGCCAGGAGGAGGAAUCCCAUACUUGUUGUGGCUGCCGUUUCCCACUGCUGUUUGCUUUGUUGCAGCUGGCAUUAGGCGUCUCUGUAACAGUGCUGGGCUUCCUUAUGGCAGGCAUCAGUUCUUCUCUGCUAGUCAGAGACACUCCAUAUUGGGCUGGGAUAAUUGUUUGUGUGGUGUCCUUAGUGGGAUUUGUUAUGCUUUGCAUUUCAUACCAACCUGAUGAGAAGACGUGUGUGCAGUUCACAGUAAAGUUGAUGUAUUUUCUCCUGAGUGCCCUGGGUCUGGUUGCCUGUGUUUUGGCAGUGGCUUUUGCUGCACAUCAUUAUUUGCAGAUGACAAAAUUUACCUGCAACACCAUCUUUGAGUCCUGCCAGUGCAAACUGGACACUGCAGACCCCCUUGGUAGAACCUUCAUCUACCAGGAUGCAGCUGACUGUGACAGCCUCACCAGCAUGCUCAACCUGUACCUACUUCUGCAGAUGGCUCUCAAUCUGGUCACAGCCCUGGUGUGUCUAUCGGCAUGCUUCGUGAUGUGGAAGCACAGAUACCAGGUCUUCUAUGUGGGAGUUCGGUUCUACUCUUUAACUGCUACUGAAGGCCAGAAACAGAAGGUGUAGUUCUGGGCUGGCAGAGGUUAGCCAAGGAAUGGAAAAUGUCAGCAUACUGCCACCAUAGACACCGCAGAUGGAUGAGCGUUUACAAGGUUUUUGACAGGGAAAAACAUUCACACAGUUUAAUGAAUACAUUUUUCAAUCGUUUUAAGAGCAUUUCAUAUGGCUGCUCUUGCAAAAGCUCUCUUGUGAGAUGAUGUAGAGGUCACAAAGUCCUAAAGAUGCAGCUGUACAAAUACUCACCAAAGAGGAUCUUUAAUAGCCAUAGACAAAAUGAGAGCUUAAAAAAGUCAUUGGGAACUCAUCUGCAGGGCUACAGCUGUUAAGAUAAAGGGUCCAUUUCCAUCCCUGAUAUCUGUCCUUGCCUUCAGAGAAGCUAGACCAGUUUUUAUGAGACAAGGAUCUGGUCCAAAGUGUUUAAUUGUAAUUAUGCUGAUCAUGCCUAGGGGAUAUAUUGUCUCUUGGAUGAUCUGGGCAUAACCCACACUAACCUAAUGAGGGCUUAACAUAUGGAAAAUUAAUAAGGGAUGUCAAGACUCUUCAAAUGAAGGUUGAGACCAACAGCAAAGUGAAUAUAAACAACCGCCAUAUAAAAUAUAUGCAAGACUUUUCAGAGUGACUAAUGAUACAGGUUACUAAUUACUAAUAAACAACAGUAUGAGUGGGCUCACUAAUGGGAAUCUGGGGAUGGCUUUGAUCCCCAGACAGACUCCUCCCCACUUUCAGAGAAAAGAUCAGUUAAG